AUGUCUCAAGAAACUACCAACGCGAGACCUAAACAGAAAUCCGGUAUUUCUGGAUUCUUUCGAAUUCUGAAAGGUUUGAGUCGUAAGAUCAAGAAACAAAAACCGAUAUGCCAAAUAGAAGGAUGCAGAAACCCAUGUGCAAAAAGAAAAGAUGUAUAUUGUAGCAUAAAUUGUGCGACAAAAGGGCUCACCGCGCACCAGACAUCCACAAGCACUUCGAUAAUAAGUACCGUACCAAGCGAAGGAGAUGUUUCAUGUAGUAGCAGCUUGAAUGUUCCAAGCAAGUUUCCUUUUUCCUCCAAUCAUGCAUCCACAUCACAAAAUUCCAUUAACAGCAGAGCGUCUGGCAUCACAUACGAUUCCGCUUACGGAACUUCUUUGACGUUGGAUACAGAGAUCGAAGAAACGAGCAGAAAGCACGGUUCUAAAGGCAAAUCACAUAAGACUAUAAUGAAGAGGCUAAAGCCAGAUGAUAAAGAAUACAUCAAUAUUGCAAGUUUAUUUAGAAAAACUCAAACGUACACUGAAAUUGAGGGGAUAAUACGUUUGCAAAUGCCAGUUAGCAUUGUCGAUUCACAUAUGAAAUACAAGAAAAGAAUUGCCAGAGAAAAUUUUCUCAAUGAGGAAAUUGUGACGCACCGUAUGUUCCAUGGUACAAAGACUCGCAAAGGUUGUAAUCCGGAACGGUUCCUUAAGAAUAACCAUGAAAAAAAUCAGUCAUUUUGUAAGUCCUAUUGUGGAGGAUGUGGUAUCGCACAAGCUGGAAAUCAAACCAAAUUCUCUCGUUAUACCAAUAGAAUGUGGUUUGCAAAUGAUCCGAGCGUGUCUAUUGGAUAUUGCGAUCCGUUCGGUAAAAAAAAAAUCAUGUUUGUCGUCAGCGUCGUUAGCCCGCGCUCCGAUUCCAUAUUGAUCGUUGACAAGGACGAGGCCACACUUCCAGAAUACAUGGUCAUACUCAAAUAA